AUGACAGUCGAAUCACAACAACACAUUUUUGAAGAAUUUAAAAAGGCAAAUCAAAGCCAUCUUUUCAAGUACUAUGACCAGUUGACUGUGGAGGAACAAACUCAUUUCCUAAGCCAACUAUCGAGUAUUCAAGACCCUUCAAAGUUGGUUUCCACAGUAUCCGACGCUAUUAAAUUCUCUUCUUCAAAUGCAUCAGCCAAAAACUUUACUCAGUUGCCAAAUGAACAAACUGCAUCAACGCUUGAUCUCGACUCCACCACGUCUCAACACUGGUCCGAGUUGGGAUUCCAAGCUAUUGCCGAUGGCCAAGUAGCUGUGCUUUUGAUGGCUGGCGGACAAGGAACUCGGUUAGGUUCAAGCGACCCAAAGGGAUGUUAUGACGUUUCAUUACCUUCACACAAGCCACUUUUCCAAAUCCAAGCAGAAAAGAUUCUCAAGAUUCAACAGUUGGCACAAAAGAGACUCAAGUUGGAUAAGCUACCCACGGUGAUGUGGUAUAUCAUGACCAGUGGUCCAACAAGAAAAUCCACUGAACAGUUUUUCAAAACCCACAAUUUCUUUGGGUUGGAUUCCAAACAGGUUGUGUUUUUCAACCAAGGCACAUUACCAUGCUUUGACUUAUCGGGUGAAAAGAUUCUUCUUCAAUCGAAAAAUGCCAUUUGUGAAUCACCAGAUGGGAACGGUGGAUUAUACAAGGCGUUAUUAAACAAUGGCAUCUUGGACGAUAUGGUCAACAAAAAUAUCAAACAUAUACACAUGUACUGCGUGGACAAUGCAUUAGUUAAAGUUGCCGAUCCUUUGUUUAUUGGGUUUGCUAUUGAUAAGCAAUUUGACUUGGCCACUAAAGUUGUACGUAAAAGAGAUGCCAAUGAAAGUGUUGGCUUGAUUGUUCUUAAUGAUGAUAUUAAGAGACCUUGUGUGAUUGAAUAUAGUGAGAUUUCCAAAGAACUAGCCGAAAAGAGAGAUCCACAAGAUGAUUCAAAAUUGUUUCUUCGCGCAGCAAACAUUGUCAAUCAUUAUUACUCAAUUGAUUUGUUGACUAAAAUGGUCCCACAAUGGAUCUCAUCUCAAGAAUAUUUACCAUUCCACAUUGCCAAGAAAAAGAUUCCGUCAAUGGACUUGAAAACUGAUCAAUUUGUCAAGCCAGAAACUCCAAAUGGUAUCAAAUUGGAACAGUUUAUCUUUGACGUGUUUACUUCGGUUGAGUUGUCCAAGUUUGGCUGUCUCGAAGUUGACAGAAUUGAUGAAUUCUCACCAUUGAAAAAUGCCAAUGGCGCAAAGAAUGACACUCCAACUACGUGCAGACAAGACUACUUGGAAAGAGGAACCAGAUGGGUCAAGGAGAAUGGAGGACAAGUGGCACCCAACGCACUUGUUGAAGUCGAUGCAUUGACGAGUUACGGUGGUGAAGGAUUAGAGUUUGUUAAAGGUAAAACUUUUGCCAAUGGUGAUGUAAUUUAG